ACCCGCCUGCCUCCCCCGGCCCCGCCGCCCUCCGCAGCCCGGCCGCCGGGCCCCGCGCGCAUCGGCUACUACGAAAUCGAGCGCACCAUCGGCAAGGGCAACUUCGCCGUCGUCAAGCUGGCCACGCACCUCGUCACGCGCGUCAAGGUUGCCAUAAAGAUAAUUGAUAAGACUCAGCUGGACGAAGAAAACCUCAAGAAGAUCUUCAGAGAAGUUCAGAUCAUGAAGAUGCUUUGCCACCCACACAUCAUCAGAUUGUACCAGGUUAUGGAGACAGAGAGAAUGAUUUAUCUGGUGACAGAAUAUGCGAGUGGAGGGGAAAUAUUUGAUCACCUCGUGGCCCAUGGACGAAUGGCUGAAAAAGAAGCCCGGAAGAAGUUUAAGCAGAUAGUGGCAGCUGUCCAUUUCUGCCACUGUCGUAACAUCGUCCACAGAGAUCUGAAAGCAGAGAAUUUGCUUCUGGAUGCAAAUCUGAACAUCAAAAUAGCAGAUUUUGGAUUCAGUAAUAUCUUCACACCCGGUCAGCUGCUGAAGACCUGGUGCGGAAGUCCCCCCUAUGCUGCCCCUGAACUCUUUGAAGGGAAGGAGUAUGAUGGGCCAAAGGUGGACAUUUGGAGCCUUGGGGUGGUGCUCUACGUGCUGGUCUGCGGGGCUCUGCCUUUUGAUGGGAGUACGCUGCAGAACCUGCGGGCGAGGGUCCUGAGCGGGAAGUUUCGCAUUCCAUUUUUCAUGUCCACAGAGUGUGAGCACUUAAUCCGCCACAUGCUGGUGCUGGAUCCGAGUAGGCGGCUCUCCAUGGAGCAGAUCUGCAAACACAAGUGGAUGAAGCUUGGGGAGGUGGAUACGGAGUUCGACACGUUAAUAGCCGAAUGUCAGCACUUGAAGGUUGAGAGGCAGAUGGAACCGCUGAAUGAAGAUGUGCUGCUUGCCAUGGCCGAGAUGGGACUGGACAAGGAGCGCACCCUUCAGUCAUUAAGGACAGAUGCUUACGAUCACUACAGUGCAAUCUACAGUCUGCUCUGUGACCGUCUAAAGAGGCAUAAGAACUUGCGCAUUGCCACCCUGCCCAGCCUCCCACGGACCAUGGCCUUCCCAGCACAAGCCAGCAUCCAGGCAGAGCAGGCGGGCAACCCAGUGAGCAUCAGUGUCCCACAAGUGCAGCUCAUCAACCCUGAGAACCAAAUAGUGGAGACUGAUGGUGCAAUGACUCUGGAUAGUGAUGAAGGGGAAGAGCCGUCCCCUGAAGCUCUGGUCCGCUACCUCUCCAUGAGGAGGCAUACUGUGGGAGUGGCUGAUCCUCGCACGGAGGUGAUGGAGGAUCUCCAGAAGCUGCUACCGGGUUUCCCACGCAUCGCACCACAGGCCCCCUUCCUGCAGGUUGCUCCCAACAUGAACAUGGCAGCCAACAUGCUUCCGAUGCAGCACCUGCAACCAACUGGUCAGUUAGAGUACAAGGAACAGUCCUUGCUGCAGCCCCCAACUUUGCAGUUGCUGAAUGGAAUGGGACCCCUUGGACGGAGGGCAUCAGAUGGAGGAGCCAAUAUCCAGUUGCACGCACAACAGCUCUUGAAGCGCCCCCGCGGCCCUUCUCCACUUGUUACAAUGACACCAGCAGUGCCCGCCGUGACCCCUGUGGAUGAGGAGAGCUCAGAUGGAGAGCCAGAUCAGGAAGCUGUGCAGAGAUACUUGGCCAAUAGGUCAAAAAGGCACACACUGGCAAUGACCAACCCCACCGCGGAAAUCCCGCCCGACUUGCAGAGGCAGCUAGGACAGCAGCCCUUCCGCUCCCGGGCAUCACACCUGGCACCCGACCAGCACCGCUAUGUCUAUAAAGACUCCAACACUCUGCACCUCCCCACGGAGCGCUUCUCUCCGGUCCGCCGUUUCUCAGAUGGGGCUGCCAGCAUCCAGGCAUUCAAGGCCCAGCUGGAGAAGAUGGGCAACCACAGCAGCAUCAAGCAGCUGCAGCAGGAGUGUGAGCAGCUCCAGAAGAUGUAUGGGGGCCACAUGGAUGAGAGGACCCUGGAGAAGACGCAGCAGCAGCACAUCUUGUACCAGCAGGAACAGCAUCAGCAGAUCCUUCAUCAGCAGAUCCAGGAUUGUGUCCGCCCUCCUCAGCCUUCUCCGCCACUGCAAGCUCCAGGAGAAAGCCAGCCUGCUUUGCUCACUCACCAGCUUCAGAGGUUACGGAUCCAGCCCUCCAGCCCACCUCCAAACCAUCCCAGCAACCAUCUCUUCAGGCAAACGGACAGCAGCCCCCCUCCAGUCAGCAGUAGCAUGCUCCAGAGCCACAGUGCAGCCUCGCCGUCGCAGUUCCAAGGGAUGCCGUCUCACAGCGCCAUCUUCCAGCAGUCGGGCAGUUGCUCACCUCCCCCCAAUGUGGCCCUCUCCUGCAUGGGCAUGCCGCAGCAGGGGCAACCGGUAGCCAUCCAAGUGCAGGAGCCAGGAGAUGGGAUGGGCGGCAGCCUCUUGCAGGCUGGGCGGGGCAUGCCCACCCCCGCCAGUGCCAAUCAGCUGCAGAUGCAUCAUCGUGCCAGUCUGAUGGCCUCCCUGACUUACGGGCACAGGCCCCUCUCCAAGCAGCUCAGCGCGGACAACGCAGAAUCUCACAGGUAUCCGUCAACUGGCUACGACCAGGUGCACUUGCACCCCCACCUGUUUCCGGAGCAGGCCCGUGUCUCUCCAAGCAGCUACAGCCCAGCUACAGCAGUGGGCUUCCCUCCGCAGGUGGAGCAGUUCCCCAGCUUCUCCCAGAGCGCUCAGCAGCAGCAGCACUACGCCACGUCAGCCCUGCAGCAGGCGCUGCUGUCCCCCACCCCACCAGACUACAGCCGGCAUCAGCAAGUCCCACACAUCCUGCAGGGCCUGCUCUCGCCCCGGCACUCACUCACAGGCCACACGGACCUGCGGUUGCCCCAGGCCGAGGUGGCGCAGCUCAUCAAGCGGCGGCAGCAGCAGCAGCAGCAGGAAUUCCAGGAGCUGAUCCGGCACAUGAGCCAAGGGGAGAGCGGACAUGUGGCUACCAGCGUGGCCCAGAAACUGUCAGAGCGCCAGGCUCUGUCUUUGCCUUAUCAGAACACUGACACAUACCACCACCCUCACCAUCACCACCACCACCACCACCACACCAGUCCCCAGCACCUCUUGAAAGUGAGGGCGCACGAAUGUAUCCAGCAGGCGCCAGCCUCGGUGCCGGCCCACGGGUACACUCACCAGCCCACCUUGGUCCACUCGGAGAGCAUGGAGGAGGAAGUGGACUGCGUGUGUGAAGGGGAACGGGACAGCUUCCCAGGCAAUAAGACCAAAGCUUGCCACGAGGCUCCGCUGCUCUUAAGUGCCGGUGGUCCUGGGGACCCAGACGCUUUGUUUGGGACUGCCAAGCAGGAGCAGGAAUUGGGGGCGCACCAUUACAGGCACCAGCCAGCCGCCACCUUCAGUCGGAAUAAGGUGCCUGGUAGAGACUCCAUGGUCACAGGUUGCAUGGAAAGAAACUCUCCUGGUCACGUGGAGAUGCCAGAUGCAGAUGGGCCAGAGGGUUAUCCCACAAGGCCGAUUCCUGGUGUGCAUCACAGAUCCCGGCCUUUGCAGAGACACCACACCAUUCAAAACAGUGACGAUGCCUAUGUACAACUGGACACUCUGCCAGGCAUGAGCCUAAUGGCAGGGAAGGCACUCAGCUCUGCCCGCAUGUCCGACGCUGUGCUCAGCCAGUCUUCCCUCAUGGGCAGCCAGCCGCUCCAUGAUGGGGAGAGUGAAGAAGACUGUGGAGAGAACUUGGAAGGUCAAGAGCACCUGAACCUAGCAGACGGCAACCAGCAUCUAAACACCUCUUGUUACUCUUCCACGUGUAUUACUGACGUCCUGCUGAGUUACAAGCACCCAGAGGUGCCCUUUGGGAUGGAGCAGGCUGGGGUCUAGAGAGCAGGCAGGCUACAGCAGGGGUAUGUACAGCUUUGAAACAAAAAGGUCCAUUUCAAACCAACAGUAUCUUGCAGCGUUGCGCCAAAUGGCCGUCCCGUUUCUCCUUGACGGAAAUCUUGUGGCGGCUCCUCCUCUUCCUCCUCCUCCUCCACCUCAAUCUCCUCGUUGGUUCAACAGUGUGCUUGUUCCUUUCGGAUGUUCAUUAUUGCCAUAUUUGCCUGUGACGCCAGCCAUUCUGGAAGGACCAGAGCAACCCCCUCACACAGAAGCUGUAGGGGGCAGUUCGAGGGCAGCUGCCGGCUUGGAGGGCCCCCCUCCCUGGUCAGUGGCAGGUGCUGGGGGAGGGGUCAGCCAGCCUCGCCUGGAAAACCUGAUGGCAGAAGGGGAGAGGAGCUCUGCCCACCCGCAAGCAAUAAGCAGCUGUUUUGGAUGGUGCCUCUUCAUGAUCUGCCUUUACAGUGGCCCUUCCAGGCUAGGGAGCAGGGUGGGGG